AUGCCGUUUCCCUGGAUCUCCCCGAAGCGCGCGGCGCCGCUCCAAACCAACAGGUUCUCUCCACAGCCCAGACCGACCCUGAAUGCUACUGUCGAUGGCAUAACCAGCACUAUAGCUGCCUCUUCCUUCGAUGCAUACUACACACAUGGCUUGAGAGAAGUACCGACCUGUCUUGAAAGUCGCAGCCCAGAGACACUCGUUACGACCCCGACUGACGCUGUGGGCCACUUUGUGCGCAGCCCACGAACACAAGGGGAAGACGAGGUCCUGCGAUGGCUGGCGUCUCCUGGACAGGAGACGCUGUCCCGAGUCCUCGCAGCAAGGGACGCAGCACGAGUAGAGGCGCUGUCUCGACCUGCCACGCCGCUGGAAAAGCCAUCGCCUGCGCUGCCAAGGCUGCGGUUCGAGCCGCUGAGGGACAUGCUCGCUGGCACGGAGCUGGAAGUGUCCCUCGCAGCCGACCUGGUCUCACCACCAGCUGCAGGUAUGGGUAUUGCCGAAGAGGAGAGCUUACGGAGUCGGGCCUCCAUGUCAGUAGAUGCUGAUGAAGACGUGCGGCGCUGGAAGCCGAGACGGAAGCGGAUGGGGAUAUCGCACCUGUAUCCCGAGCUGUGCGGCAACUCUCUUGAGAACAAAUUGUCUGCCACCAGUACGUUGUCCAGGUUUGCAACCCUUUACCGAGAGCCGGUGUACGACUUUGGCGAUGACGAAUCGGCAGAAGAGGAUGACUACUUCUAUGAAGACAUGGCCUCCAGGGAUGUAGACAGUCAUGAGUGGAACGACGAACAUGAUUCCUAUUCACCUAGCCUUCCCCGUGUUAUCUCGAAUGGGACCAUCGUUGGCGAUGACGCCGGUGACGGCCAGGUACUCCCGCUAGCAUCCGCUCUGGUCACGCGUGCCAACGUUGUCGAAAUCACACAUGGCAUUCCGAGGCUCGUUCGCCAAAAUGCGACCCUAGGACAGGAGAUUCCUGUGACAGCGGGCCAUCCCGCUCGAGGCCGAGUCGUUUGCGUUGAGAAUCGCAAGGUAGGCCCCGAGAGUGAAGGCGAGCUACGGGUCGAGACUGACGAGCGUGAGCGCAGCGACAGAGAGCACCGAGAUGUGGAACGUGAACAUGACAUGACGCGCAGCGACAGCUGGUGGUUUGACGAGGAGAAUACAAUGGCAGUGCCCGCCGAGGGUGUGUCGAAUGUGAUCAUCAUGACGACGCCUCCUACACCACUGGGACAGUCGGCCUGGGACUCUUCUUCAUCCGAUGACGAUUCUGAUGGCAGUACCUGGAUCGAAGAUACAGCAGAGACUCACACAGAAGACAGCGGCGUCAACGCCUGGCGUGAAGCCGAGGGGUACACCAAGCAGGGGCAGUCCAUCACCGUCUCUCUGCGCACAUCGCAGCACGAAAGACGAAACCUCAGUAUUCCUACCCAAAGCCACGGUCCUGCAACUCAAGCAGCCCCCCUCUCCCCAGCGACCCCCGUCGCACCCCCUUUCUCCUCGUUACGAGAAGAGUCAAUCGCACUCCUCCUGCAAACCUUCUCCCUACCCCCCUCCACCUCCUUCACAACCCUCCAGUCCCAUCUCGCCUGCAACACCUCCCUCCUCCACGCCCUCCUCCUCGGCACAGUCCCAGCCCCCUUUCUGCCCGGCAGAGAGCUCAACGACAGCGGGCCGACGGCGACGAUGGACAUUUGCAUCGUCCGAGAACGCUUCACCUCGGCCUCGAUCCCCGCGCUGACAGCCUUCCUCUCCGUAGACUGGGACCCCGCAGCCCUGGGCGGCGGCACCCUCGCCCUCGUGGCCAGCGCGUUCCGCGAAGCCAUCGACCGCGCGAGCGCCGGCGCCGGACGGACGGCCCUGGUACGCUGCGCCGCGGAGCUGCGCAAGACGUCGCGGGCGGCGAUGCGGGCGGCGGGCCGGUUGGACGACAGGCUGCUCGUGCGGCUGGGGCGGGUUGUCGGGCUGGACGAGGUGGCGGCGUGCGCGGACCUCGGGGAUGUGAUCCGUGCCGGCCGGGCCGAGGAGUUUGUCGGGCUUGUCGAGGAGGGGAGGGUGACGCGGGGCGAGGGGGGCGAGUUGGCACGCAGGGGGGCGGUUUUGGAGUUGAUGGGGAUUCGGAAGGCGGAGCAUGCGUAG